AUGGCUCCAUCACUCAUUCGAACAGUCGGCGCUGCCGCUGUCGCCUUUGCUGCUUCCGCAAGCGCAACCCAGUCUUAUAAGAUCUCUGAAGUUUACGACGCUACUAACUUCUUUGACAAGUUCGACUUCGUCACUAGUGCGGAUCCCAACGGCGGUUAUGUUCAAUUUCAGAGUUAUGAUGACGCGAAGACUCUUGGGCUCGUCGGCUACCAAGCUGAUGGGAUGUAUAUCGGUGCCGACCAUGCGAACACGUACUCGGUCUCGAGCGGUGGCCGAAAGAGUGUGAGAGUGGAGAGCCACAACGUCUACAACCACGGUCUUGUCAUCGCAGACUUCACACAUCUUCCCAAGCCAACUUGUGGAGCAUGGCCUUCUUUCUGGUUCUUUGGCGAGCCUUGGCCCAGCAAGGGCGAGAUAGAUAUCUACGAGAACUGGAAUGACCUGAACUUCAACCGGCACACCGCACACGUCGACUCUCCCAGCAAGGUGGGCGAGUGCACGAUUGUGAGCGACGGCAUGACGUCGACUAUCGACUCGCCCAACUGCUACGACUUUGCUGAGGGCCAGUGGAACUACCAAGGCUGCUCAGCUUCGGACUAUUCUCCGACAUUUGGUUCUCCCGCUGGCGGCGUCUUCGCCAUGGAGUGGACCAGCGACUACAUAAAGAUCUGGGACUGGACCCGGUCUGCCGUGCCUGCGGACAUCCUGAGUGGCAACCCGGCGCCCAGCUCGCUGUGGGGCACACCGUCGUACAUGAUCAAGUCGUGCGACAUUGAUGCGGCUUUCAAGGACAUGAAGAUGGUCCUGAACAUCGACUUCUGUGGUGUUGCCGGCCAAACCGACAAAUGGGGCGCCAGCUGCAGCGCGUCCACAGGCUACGACACUUGCGCGUCAUAUGUCGCGGCGAAGCACGAUGAUUUCCAGGAUGCCUAUUUCAAGGUGAAGGACAUCAAGUAUUACAAUCUCGUAGAAAACGCUGUUUCGUCAACUUCGUCCGCUGUGUCCAGCACCUCUUCUUCCGUCUCCAGCACCUCUUCGAGAGUCUCCAGCACUUCUUCGAGGGUCUCUAGCACAUCGCCAACGGUUUCCAGCACCUCACCGACUGUCUCUAGCAGAUCGUCGACCAUGUCGACGUCCUCAGCACGAACUAGCUCCGCCACAUCAUCUGCCUCGAUCAGCAGCUCCUCGGCCUCAGUUUCCGUUUCAGCGAGCUCAUCCGCCCAUAUCAUCUCAAGCCACUCCGGCUCUUCACACAUGCCGAGUGUUGUGACCUCAUCUCACCACUUCGCAAACUCAAGCACCACUGCUUCACCGACACCGACUUCAUCCGGAGUCACCGAAAUGACUACGUCGACCAUCUAUGCUACCAGCGUGCACACCAUCACAUCGUGUGCGCCGACUGUCACGAACUGCUUAGCUCGCGGCUACGUGACCACCGAGAUCAUCUCCGUUGGAACCACCGUGUGCCCAGUGACAGCCACUGGCUCCCACCCCAAGCCGACAACCACUGCCGUUGCAGGCGUCCCCGGAGGCUACAUCACGAGCACCAUCGAGGUGACCAAGACCUACACCAUCACGUCUUGCAAGCCCACCGUCACCAACUGCCCCGUCGGCUCCGUCACUAGUGAGAUCUACGUCACGACCACUGUCUGCCCCGUCGACAGCGGCAGCUACGCUACCGGCACCUUCGGCGCCUCGGCCACCGAUGCUGUCACUGCUCCCGGCUCAACUGGAACUGGCUCUGCUGGCACCGGCUCCGACUCUGGCACCGGCUCCGACUCUGGCACCGGCUCCGACUCUGGCACCGGCUCCGGCUCUGGAUCUGGCUCUGGAUCUGGCUCUGGAUCAAACUCCGGCUCUGGAUCCGACUCUGGCAUCGAAAACGGCAGCGCCACCAACCCCGCCACUGUCGUCGCUACCCAGCCUGCUUCGGGAGGCGCGGUCAGCACCUACACGCCCGAUACCACCGCCAUCGCCGUGACAGAGAGAGGCAGCACGAUGGUCGUAGAGACCACGACGACGACCUCGACCAUGUAUCUCGCGACGACGGCCCACAUGUCGGCGGCGGCGGCGAGCAGCAGUGCCGGUGCCGGUACCGAGAGCAGCGGCGGCAACGUCGAGGUCAUCGUCACCGCGACCGUGGUCCCCGUCACCAGCGCCGGGAUGGGCUACAAUGCCACUCUGACAACGUCCGUCUCGCCGGCCAAGGGCACGGCGCCGGGCUCGAUGGGUGGCGGUUAUGCGAGUGGGUGCUAUGGCUCUGGCUGUGAGACUGUACCGGUCACCGUUAGUGGGACCGUCAAGACGGGGGCUAGUGUUGCGCUUAUGGGUUUGGCUGGCUUAUUUGCUCUUGCUAUGUAA